AUGAGGAUGAGCAAAGCUAAUUCAGCUCAUUAUAAGAUUCUAGGUGAGAAAAAGGGAAAGCAUUUUAUGAAUCAUGGGAAACCAGACAGUGCUCCAGCUGAUAAGGAUAAACAAAAAGUUGUUGAUGGUAAGAGGUCAAGUGGGGGAGGUGCUCCUACUACUUUUAAAUGCUUUAGGUGUGGUGAACUAGGUCACCACGCCAAUGAAUGUAACGGACAUAUCAGUACUCAUUUCCAGAAGCCAAAGAAAGCUUCGACUAGAGGAAAGGUGUUUGCUCUGUCGGAGACUCGUACUUCUAGUGACGACAAAUUGAUCAGAGGUAUAUGUUAUAUUAAUAGUACGCCUUUGAUUUCUAUUAUUGAUACUGAUGUUACACAUUCUUUUAUUGUUGCUUAUUGUGUGAAAAGGCUAUGCCUUGUUGUGUCUUUUAAGAAGGAAGAAAUGGGACAUCUUGAUGUUACCUUGGGUAUAAACGGGUUGGAGUUCAAUCAUGUUCAUAUGAAUUAUUAUAAUAAUUCGGCACAGUUUCUUGCUCCUGAUGAUGAGGAAUAA